AUGGGUGAUAGUGUCGUAACAGAUAUGACGGCCACGGUGGGCAAGACGGAGGCUGAGCGGGAUGGUUCGACCUCCUCCAUAGCCUCGUCGCCCGAGCCCGAACCAGCUGCAUAUACCCAGGACAACCCGCAGCAGCAGCAGAAGCGCAAAGGCGGGCGCAAGCCUAUAUAUGCCACCUCGGAGGAGCGCAAGCAGCGCAACCGUCAGGCUCAGGCUGCCUUCCGCGAGCGACGUACCGAGUACAUCAAGCAGCUCGAGAGCACCAUCAAGCACCAUGAAGAGACCCUGCAGAACCUGCAGCAGAGUCACCGCAGUGCUGCCGACGAGUGUUUGAUGCUACGGUACAAGAACUCGCUGCUGGAGAGAAUCCUGCUUGAAAAAGGGAUAGAUGUCCAAGCUGAGCUUCACGCAAAGACCGGCAGUCCCAACCUAGGGCCCACACGCCAACCGGCGCCUGCAACGGCCUCACCAAACCAACCGCCGCUCCAGCAGCGCGCCAUGAUGAAUAGACAGCAGCAGAAUCGCCGAUCACUGGGAGGGCUGCCUAAGGCUGAAGGUGUGCAUGGUUUGCCCAUGAUUCAACCUGAUGGAGCAAUCCCAAAUCGUUCACCACUGUCGCAGCCUACUCCCGGCUCGCAUCUACCCUCGCCCGUCGCGUCGGCUACGCGCUCGCCGAACUUCAUUCCACAAGGCACAUCGGUGUCUCCCAACUUCGGGUCCAUUCCUCCGCAACAGCAACCCCAGCGGCACCAACAAUUGCAGCCACAGCCGCCUAGGUCCCAGUUCACACCCCUAAUGGGCCCUCAGCGGCCAUCGCUCAUCACGAACCAACCGCCCUCGAACGGCUUAUCGAGCGCAUCCACGGGUAGCGGAGGGAGUGUAAUGACGCAGAGUAGCACCAGCGGCGGCCCGCAGUCUUACUUCCCGACUCCCUAUUCGGAGCAUAUGAACCAACUAGGCAAGCUGACCCAUUCCUUUUUAGGGCAGCAAGAGUAUGACGAGCAAGGCGACAUGCUCGACCAAGAAGACCCCAGUGAUCACUCCGCUGGGCCUGGCCCGUACCCACAUCCCUUCCCGUCGAAUUCAAUGCAGUCGCAGAGCAUGCAGCCUCCAAUGCCACCUUCCCAGAAUCCACCGUAUGCGAACAACGCGCCGGUAUCGACCAAUGACGGCAAUCAUGCGUUCAACGGGAUGAAUAACCUCUUCGACCCUUACGAUCCCAUGCUAGACGCGGAUCCAUUCGGACUCUCUGCCAGCAUGCACUUUCCGACCAUGUAUGAAUCGAGAUGA